AUGAAUCCAUCAGUGACAUCACCGGAAAUGACCACACCAAGAGUAGAAGGUCAUUUGCCAGCACGUCUUUUCACAAAGCAAUCACAAGCAUUGAUUUACAAUUACAAAGAAGCUGCCGUACAGCGUAUGCUCGAUUUCGAUAACGUUUCACAAAGAGAUACUCCAUCUGUAGCUGGUUUAAUUCAUCCCGGUGCUGAAGGUGGAUUCUAUAAAGCAUUCUUUGGAUUUAAGGAAUUGGUUAUUCCAGUCUAUAAUAGUAUUGCAGAUGCAUGUGAAUCAUGUCCAAAUGCAGAUGUAUUCUUGAAUUUCGCAUCACACAGAAGUGCAUAUCAAUCUUCGGUGAAGGCAUUGAAUCAACCAUCGAUUCGUACCGUUGUCAUCAUUGCCGAGGGUGUCCCCGAGAAUGAAGCCAGAGCAUUGAUUGCCUUGGCCAAAAAGAAUAAUAAGGUCAUCAUUGGACCAGCCACAGUCGGUGGAAUUCAAGCCGGUGCAUUCAAGAUUGGUAACACCGCCGGUACCAUUGACAAUAUCAUGGCGUGCAAACUGUAUCGUUCCGGUUCAGUCGGUUUCGUCUCCAAGUCUGGUGGUCUCUCCAAUGAGAUGUACAAUGUGCUCUCCAAGAAUACCGAUGGUAUCUACGAGGGUAUCGCAAUUGGAGGUGACGCAUUCCCAGGUUCGACACUGACCGACCACGCCCUUAGAUUCGAGAAACUACUCGAAGUCAAGAUGAUUGUCAUCCUUGGUGAGCUGGGUGGUUGGGAUGAGUACGGAAUCGUAGAGGCAUUGAAAAGUGGACAAAUCACCAAGCCUGUAUGCGCAUGGGUAUCCGGUACCGUUGCCAGAAUCUUCCCAACCGAAGUGCAAUUCGGACAUGCCGGUGCCAAGUCUGGUGGUGAGACAGAGUCUGCCGAAGCCAAGAAUGCAGCAUUGAAGGGUGCUGGUGCCAUAGUUCCAUCUUCAUUCGAAGAUUUCGCCAAUGUCAUUGCCGAUACCUAUGGAAAGUUGGUUGCCGCCGGUAGCGUCAAGCCAGUCGAAGAGCCAAAUCCACCCGAAUUACCAUUGGACUUUAAGACUGCCGUCAAAGCAGGAAAGGUCAGAAAGCCAACCAGUAUCAUCUCUACUAUCUGUGACGAUCGUGGAGAGGAACUCACCUACAAUGGUGUUCCAAUUUCAAAUAUAUGCCAAGAGCAAUACAACGUUGGUGAUGUAAUUGGUUUGUUGUGGUUCAAGAGACAACUUCCUGCAUACGCAUCGAAAUUCAUUGAGAUGUGCUUAAAGCUGACUGCUGAUCAUGGUCCAUGUGUCUCGGGUGCACACAACACCAUCGUAGCAGCCAGAGCUGGUAAGGAUUUGGUAUCUAGUUUGGUCUCAGGUCUACUCACUAUUGGACCACGUUUCGGAGGUGCCAUCGAUGAUUCCGCUCGUGUAUUCAAAGAGGCAUACGAUCGUAAACUCUCACCAGAGGAGUUUGUAGAGGGUAUGAAGGCAAAGGGUAAAAGAAUUCCAGGUAUUGGUCAUCUCAUUAAAUCUGCAGAUGAUAUCGAUAAAAGAGUAGUAAUACUUAAAAAUUAUUCAAAAGAACAUUUCUCAUCAUCUCAAUAUUUAGAUUAUGCAUUGGAAGUUGAGAAAUAUACUUUACAGAAAGCAAAUAAUUUGAUUCUCAAUGUCGAUGGUUGUAUUGGUGUAUUAUUUUUAGAUCUCCUCCACAGUUGUGGAUUAUUCAAGAAAGAGGAAAUAGAAGAGAUCGUUAAUGUUGGUUAUCUCAAUGGUUUCUUUAUCGUCGGUAGAAGCAUUGGUUUGAUUGGACAUGCACUCGAUCAAAAGAGAAUGAGACAACCACUCUAUCGUCAUCCAUGGGAAGACGUACUUUAUGAUGUCUAA